CGGUAGGUAGCAGUUGACGGAAGCGGUCGGUAGUGCGGCUGGUGCCUCGGUGAUCAAUGAACUCUGAUUGACGCGUGUCGGCGUGUGUCGAGGCGUGCUGGUAUUAGCAGUGGAGCGCAUUGGUGACGGCCCGACAGACAUGAUGACAUAAUAUAAACAUAUUAAUUGUUUAUUUUAAGAAAGUACGCAUUAAAUGAUUGCUCCGUAAAGCAGAGUAACAAAUGACCAAAAUGAAUGAUAUAGACAGUUUUGGCAUGAAGGGAGCCGGCUCGAAAAUGCCCCACAGUCAUUCGACGCCAGCUGGUGUAGACGGAGGUAGUAGAACACCCCCUGCAACACCACGAAGAGGUGGAAAGAUGCUGGCGGUUCGUGUACAGAUGUUAGAUGACUCUAUUACAAUGUUUCAAGUGCAGGCCAAAGCACUAGGCAGAUUAUUGUUUGAUCAAGUUUGUAGGCAAUUGCACCUUUUAGAAGCGGAUUACUUUGGUCUUGAAUAUCAAGAUUCAAAUUUUACAAAAUAUUGGUUGGAUUUAGAGAAACCGAUGUGUAGGCAAGUUGGUUUGUCUCUUAUUGAUCCACUUUUGAGGUUUUGUGUUAAAUUUUAUACGCCGGAUCCUGCACAACUUGAAGAAGAAUUUACGAGAUAUUUAUUCUGUCUGCAAAUCAAACGGGAUUUAGCUCAAGGUUUACUACAAUGCAAUGAUAACACAGCAGCCUUAAUGGCCAGUUAUAUUGUUCAGGCUGAAUGUGGGGAUUAUGUGAUAGAAGACUAUCCAGAUCAUACAUAUUUGUCAACAUAUAAGUUUGUGCCUCAUCAGGAUCAAGAGUUCGAACGACGUAUUAUGGAGAAUCACAAGAAACAUGCGAGUCAAUCUCCUGCAGAGGCAGAUCUCAAUCUCUUAGAAACAGCUCGACGUUGUGAACUGUAUGGGAUGAAAAUGCAUCCAGCUAAGGAUCACGAAAAUGUUCCAUUGAAUCUCGCAGUGGCGCAUAUGGGCAUUGUAGUUUUUCAAAAUUAUACUAAGAUAAAUACAUUUAGUUGGGCCAAAAUCAGAAAAAUCAGUUUUAAACGAAAACGUUUUUUAAUCAAAUUACAUCCUGAGGGUUAUGGUUAUUAUAAGGAUACGGUUGAAUUUUUCUUUGAGGGACGUAAUGAGUGUAAAAACUUUUGGAAAAAGUGUGUAGAAAAUCAUGGUUUCUUCCGUUGCUCUGUAGUUAAGAGAGUCGCAAGACAAAAGGCUAGAGUGCUUAGCCGUGGGUCAUCGUUCAGGUAUAGCGGUAAAACACAGAAACAAAUUGUUGAGUUUGUUCGAGAUAAUUAUGUGAAGAGACAAACAUUUCAAAGGUCCAAUUCGUUCCGGCAGACUAGCGGUGGUAGGGCAUUGCAGGGCUCGGAGGGGGGAGGCUUUCGUGGGGCCACUCCAAGCAGCUCCCUUAUGGGCAGCUCCAGCAUCUCUGCCCACCCCCUCCUGCCCCUCGGCGAUCCUGCCCUGGCAACACCAGCUCUGUCUCUGUCAUGCGGUUCGAUGACACUGGAUUCUCCGACGACUGUGACGAGUGUCUCGAUGGGAGGGAUUCACCGUCGAGAAGACACAGCUACAUCGUUUCGGACGCUCACCUCUAUCGACGUACAUUCUCCAGCCACCCCCAGCCAGGUCCCAGCACAGCGGCAGAUGGCUACCAACCAGCAACGGAUUUCAUCAACAGAUGUCCAAGCCGAAAAGCAGGAGAUAUCUGAUCAACGAGAGAACAAUAAUUCUGUAUAUGCCGCUGAAGAAUCGUCGGAUAAACGGACAGCAAACGGCGGAGUCGAGGUGAACAAUGCAAGUGUCAUAAAUUCACCGGAUCUCAGCCCGGUAAAGAAUGUACGAAAUGGGGAGGUAGAAGAAGUAGAAGUCAGAAAAACAAAGAGAUGGCCAACCGAUAAAGCUUAUUACAUAGCCAAGGAGCUUCUCAUGACAGAACGGACUUAUAAGAAAGACUUGGAUGUUAUUAAUGUGUGGUUUCGCGAGGAAAUUUCUAGAGAAGCGGCAUUAGAAGGAGAAUCAAUAAUCUCUCUCAUCGAGUUACUCGCCGAUGUGCAUGGACCUUGCCUCCAGGAAAUGGAGGUACGGCUGACACGCUGGGAGAGCAAUGCCCGUCAUAAUAUCGGUGACUUUUUGUACAACACGCUUUUGAACAUUCUACCUCUUUAUGACCAAUACCUGGAGAACUUGAUACCGGUAUUGGAGAAAAUGGAAUACUCCAUACGAACGUCGCGACGCUUCGAUCAACUCUGCCGUGAUUUUGAAUCACAGAAACACUGUUACUUGCCAUUAACUUCAUUCCUUUUGAAACCUCUACAACGAUUGCUGCAUUAUAACAGUAUUAUCGAUAGAUUAUUGGAUCAUUAUCCAAAGGAUCAUACAGAUUUCGAAGAUUGUUUGGCAGCAAGAGACAGACUCGGUGAGACACUGCUCGAGGGACUCACAAUUAUAAAUCAAGCGGAAAAUUUGGUGCAGUUAUGCGAAAUGCAAAGAGAUAUUACUGGUUUCGAUAAUCUAGUGCAAGGAGGUCGAAGAUUCAUAAGACAAGGAUGCUUACAGAAAUAUAGCCGUAAAGGUUUCCAACAACGGAUGUUUUUCUUGUUCUCAGACGUGUUACUGUAUACAUUCCGUACGCAACAACCAACGCAAUGUUUUCGUGUGCAUGGCCAAUUACCAUUAAAAGGAAUGAAAAUUCAAAUUGCAGAUAAUAAGACUGGAACGGAUUUUGCUUUUAUUAUUGAUGGACAAGGAAAUCAAUCACUGACAGUUGCAGCGAACAAUGAAGAAGAAAAAGAGAGGUGGAUAGAAGAUUUGAACAUGGCAAUUACACAGAUUGAUGCGUCAGAUGCGAAAAUGCCAUAUUUAAAUUUAAAGUCUUGUAUUUUAGGUUCAGCCGAUGAAGUGGGAGAUGGUAUAGGAUUAGAAGUAGAUCGUACUAGUUGCGGAGGUGCAAAGGCCUCGCAACGUAGCAAUACUACAAUUCAUGUUUGUUGGCAUCGUAAUACAAGCAUCAGUUACAGCGAUCAACUACGAGCGUUUCAGAACCAGCUUAGUGGAUUUCUUUUACGAAAAUACAAGAACAGCAAUGGUUGGCAAAAGCUUUGGGUUGUAUUUACUAACUUCUGUUUAUUCUUCUACAAAUCUCAUCAAGACGACUUUCCAUUGGCUAGUUUGCCAUUAUUAGGAUACACUGUUUCUACACCAUCGGAAAAAGAUGAGAUCAACAAGGAUUUUGUAUUCAAGUUACAAUUCAAAAACCAUGUGUAUUUCUUUCGAGCAGAAAGUGAUUAUACUUUUGGAAGGUGGAUUGAAGUCAUUCGAAGUGCAACUCAACAAAGUCAUGUGCUUGCAAGUAUGAAUGGAAAAGAAGAGUAUUAAAACUAAAUGCUACAUGCACAAUUAAUAGAAAUAAUAGUUGAGAAGAAAUAGUUGUGUGUGCUUAUGCGUGCGCGAUUGUAUGUAUGUGUUAAGCUUGUGAAAUUAUGUUAUGAAAUAUGAUUUUAAAAUGAUAACAGAAAAGUCUAAAUCUUUGGCCUUAUAUAUAAAAUCAAAAGAAAGUCAUUAUAGAUGAUAUCUUGAAUAUUAUAUCUAAUUAAUCACAUAAUUUGCUAGAAGAGCAAUUUAUUUUUAAUUACAUAUUUUUUAUUCUUAAGUUUUCCACUAUUCUGUUAAUAAUAUAUUGUAUUUAUUUAGAACUGAAACAUUUAAUCAUAUCUCUUGAAUAUUGUAUUUUCAGACUUAAGUUACUCUUGCAAAGAAUUUUGCAAUUUUGAAGAUGAUUAAAAAAUCAUAAUGCAAAUAAUAUAUGAAAAUAUAACGAUAAAAAUAGUAAAGAAAAUUAUUUAGAGAUGAAAAUAUAAGACAUUCUUUUUAAGUUGUAGAACUUUUGAUAUGUGUUGUAUCCUUAAUAUGAAUUUAAAAAUGACAUUACAUAAAAUAAAUCGCCAAUUAAUGAGAAUCUCGAUAUUAUGUCACAAACUUAUGAAGAAAAUUAUUUAUAGAAAAAGAUAUAUAUGUACGUGUGUGUAAAUAUGAUAUUUACACCAAUUCUACAUAUAUUGUAUUCAUGUUUUGACGUUUUUUUAAUAAAGUUUUUUAAUGUUUUUUUUUUUCUUUUUUUUUCGAACGAUAUUUACGCGGAUGAGCUCUCAAUCAUAGCAAUAUAGAUUUUUUAAGGUACAGCUUUAAGGUACAAUUUUUUUAAAGACACAAAGAUUUUUUCAUGUAAUUUGCUCAUAUAUAAUUAAUUGUUGCUGUGCGAUUUUUAUUCAGUAUAAAAUACAAUAUAUAACAUAGAAUUGCAUCUAAUUUUACAUUAAUAAUGCGUUUUUGAAACACAUUCUGUUGUGAACAAAACUCAAUGACAAAAUGUUAUAUAUAUUAGUAUUAAUAUAGGACCAAUUUUAUAAUUAAAUUCAUAUAUGUAUAAUAGUUUUGAAAGACAAUAAUUAUAAUGUUUCUCCCUUUGUGCAAUCUAACUCAUAUUUAAGCAAAAUGCAUAAAAUAGGAGAAUGUUUAUGAUCUUACUUAUAGUAAAUAACUUGCCAACUAGCUGCAUAGAGACUGGAAGAAAUUCUAGUGAAACUUAUUUAUCUGUGCGCGCGCGCGUGUGUGUGUGUGUGUCCAACAGUUUAAUGGCAAGGUGGCAGCAUCAAAAUCACCUGGCCUUAUCGUUAAUAUAACAAUGUAUGUGAUUCUACAAAUUAUUGUAGUAACAAUAAUGAUAACAUCAGGAAUGUCAUGUAGGCCUGUAUGAAAGCAACGGACUCGUAAGUGAUGAAUCGUGAGUUUAAAUCCACAUACCCCAUAUAUACGGAUUUUUUAAGUUCACAAUUUUUAAUGGAAGUCGUAGAAUUCUUUAGAUUUAGAUGAUGAUAUAGGGACUAGUACAGUUUUAUCUGCUUUUCUAUUACUAUUAAUUAUUAAUGAUAACAUCGCGAAUUUUAAUGAUUACGUUUUCAAAGUUGCCAACAAAUUGUUGACAAGUUGCUAUUUAAUGAAGGCAUCAAUUUGCCAUCAAAAAAUAUGAAGUCAAUUUUAAUAGCAACACAUAAUUACGAGCAAAAAAUAUACGUUAUCUAGAAUAAUUUUUACAAUAUAUAUUGCCACGCAAUUAUUUAAGUGGCAAAAUUUAUAAUGCUUAAGCUGUAUCUGUUUAAAUAAUGAAUCAAAGAAACGAAUAAUCACUAAAUUAAUUGUUAACUUGUUUGAUACAUUUAGUUACUGUAGAAAUAAUGAGAAUAUUGAAAUUUUGUUAAUAAAAUACUGUGCUUGUACUAUUUCAUUUAGUUAUUAUUAUCGUUUACAAUCUGUUUUUAAGAUGAUGUUGAAAUAACGGUCAAACUUGAUUGAGAUAAUGUAAAAUCAUUAGUGCACAUAAUUAACAAAAUUUUGUAUAUAUUUUUUUAAUAAUCUAAAAACCUUUUCUAGAAUUAAAAUGUCCGUACUAAUAUCAGUCUGUGAAUUGGAUUUUAUACUGAGAAUAACAAAUUUCUUUCACGUUGCUCAACUUUACGUGCAUAUACGCCUAAAUUUUCAUAAAAUGUCUUCGUCUCAAGUAGGUAUCAAAGUCUAAUUUUAAGAACUCGACAUUGUUCCUGUCAUUUACACAUCUGGAAUUUUGAAUUUCGUCAAUACAAAUAAAAGAUCUUUUAUAACAAA